GUUCCGGCUUCGGGAGGCUGCAGCCCAGCUGAGCGAGACCCGGGCAAGCGGUGGCCCCGCUUGGCGUCUCUUGCCCGGUCCCAGCGAAGCUCGUGUGGAUGCAGCGCAGCCGGCCAGGCGUGCAACCUCCGGGCAGGUGCCCCGGCAUGACGCGGUCACCUUUCCCUGCAGGCUCUUUGGCUUGGCCGGCCUUUGCUUUGAACGCUGCGACUCCCGGCCAAGAUCCGGGCAGGGCUGUAAUAGGUUCCACAGACACACCCACACGCCCGUUUUCAUUUUUAUUUUGGGGCUGUCUUGAAAAAGGCAUCAAAACUGCCAGCUGAUCGGAGGCGGCAGGAGCGGCUUCCUGCUAACGAAAAGGAAAAGUUGGCCAGACCUUUGCAACAAAUCCUGGUUUGCUGGCUCGGCUUGGACAAGCAGCCGAGGUCCAGGAGCCUUCAAGCAUGCUGGCCAAAGAGGAGUUUUGAUCUAGAACAUGGCUUGUUGCUGGUGGCCUCCAGCCUUCCUUGAAAAGGGAAUUUGAGACCUUCACUAUCUUGAUCCCAGCACCUUCACAAGAACCAUGGAGGUGGUUGAUGUUCCAGUGGGAAACCUCAUUGACUUUGACUCUGAACCGUCCACCACGGACACCUCCGAGUCGGUCCCCACCGGCCCCUCAACCGCCAACGGCCACGCAGGGCUGGAUCGCCGCGAGGUGGGCCCUGCGGCCGAGGAGAGCGAUGCCACCGAAUCGGCCGACAGUGAGAACGACACAACCGACUCGCCCACCCACCCGAGCUGGAACAACCACCGACGUUCUUCCUCGGAGUCCUACUCAUCCAACCACAGCACGGAGUCCGCUCGGGGGGAAGUGGCGACCGAAAACCGGGAGUUCGUGAGCCAAUACGUGGAGAAGAUCUUCACCGGUGGAGAGGAGUUUGACCAAGAGGAACAAGCCAGAUUCGGGGAGCUGUGCAGCGGCGAGAACACAAAAGGCAGAGAGUGGUUUGCCAGAUACGUCAGCGCCCAGCGCUGCAAUUCCAAGUGUGUGUCCGAGCAGACUUUCUAUCGCCUGGUGCAGUCCUUUGCCGUUGUGCUGUUUGAAUGCUACCAGACGGAUGACUUCAGCCCUGCUAAAAACCUGAUGACCAUGUGCUUUACUUACUAUUAUAUUGGCAAGCCCCAAACUCUCCCCCCGGAGUGCAAAGAGAAAGCCACGGGAAGCAUCGAUUCCUACCUGAAGUCCGCCAACAGCUGGCUGGCCGAGAAGAAGGACAUUGCUGAACGGCUGCUGAAAAACACCUCGGCCAAGACGGAGAACAUGAAAGGGUUUUUCGGGAGUUUUGAAAGCAAACUGAGGGGUCCCAGUGGGGCCAGGAAAAGCGAGGAUGGCGAAGAGAAGCCCAGGGAGAGAAUGCAGAAAUCAGUUUCCCUGUACAGUCCCGAGGAGGAAGAAGAAAGAAAUGGGGAGAAGAUCUACCUGUACAUGCACCUCAAGCAACAGCCCAUCUGGCACACUCUAAGGUUCUGGAAUGCGGCUUUCUUCGACGCCGUCCACUGCGAGAGGCGGAAACGGUCUCCCACCACCAGAGGGGACACUGGGGAGGAAGAGGAAAAGAGGGAGAAGUGGUGCCACAUGACCCAAGAAGAAAGGAACGAUAGCCUCCGCUUUAAUGAGAAUAUCACCUUUGGACAGUUGGGAACUUUCACUCAUAACAUGCUGGCUUUUGGGCUGAACAAGAAACUUUGCAACGAUUUCUUGAAGAAGCAGGCAGUGAUUGGCAACCUGGAUGAAGAGCAGUACAAGCUGCUGAGUGAUCACAUUGACCAAAUGGCCGCUGAAUAGAACCACAGCCUGCCAGGACCAGGAUGGAGAGGAGAGGAGAGGAGAGGCCGGCGGAGGCAAAAGGCUGGGAAACCCGUCUCUGGGACCGUCUUGAGACUUCAGACGGGCUUUUAAAUCAACAGACCCCCCCACAGACUCUGCAAUAGUCCUGCAUGAUUGCUAUUAAACCGUGUCGUGCUGUGCUAAGCAGCCCGUAGACGUAGAGCUUGUCCAUCCGAAGACGCCCGUCUCCUUCUGCAGCCUCAAGGACACCCAACCUCUUCCUCAGACUUUGGGCACGAGAGGCCUGGCUUUGUCCCCCACCUGGGGAGACCCCUCCAUGCAAGGCAGGGAGAGUCAUUGGGGACAGCAGGGCCUUUUGAGAAGGACUGGAAAAACCCUCCACGUAUGAUCGCAGACGACUUUUAAGCAGCCAAAAUAAUUCUUUUCCCAACAGCCGUGAAAUGUAAAAUAGGGCGUUGUGCACGCAUUGCGAUGGAACAAACAGGCAGAUAAGAGCGUUUAGUUUUUCUACAGAGCUGGUGAUUCUGGAGAAAGGUAUUUGUAGAUGCAGAAGGCCUGGAUCAGUUCAUCCUGUUGGGCAGAGAAAGAGAUUUCAAGGUAGGCCGGAGCUGAGCUUUGCUGUGCAAGCCCAGAUUCCCGGUUUCCUGGAGCAAUUCUGGGACCUCUUGUGUGCUUUCAAUGCAAUAUGUUUGGAUAAAACCAGGAAGCCUGAUCUAACUCCGGCGCUGUAAACAAGAACAAAUCCACCAGGGUGGAUGAUGUGGUUGGUUGAUGCCAUCUCUCUGGUUUGUCAGAGCCUUUGUCUGGUUGGUCCACAUGAAGUAGGUGGAGGGCUGUCUGUGAGGUGCUGCCAUAUUCCCACCAUUCAUGAACGCAAAGGCUUCCAGGGCAGCAACAGGCCAUCUUGGGGGCAACCAAAAUAUUCUUCAUAUCCUCCCAUUUGGAGAAGUCUCCUCUGUGCUGCUUCUCACACCUUUGAUGACCAACCUCUGGUCUCGUGUCUGGGGUGCAUGUGUGUUUCUAAGGGCAGGUUGAUGUUGGGUAUGUAGGGGAGUGAUUUCCAUUCUCUUUGUGUGGCUGGAUGGAUGCCGGUUUCUCAUUCUUUGGGAAAAGACAAGAGCUGUUGAUUGAUUUACAGAAUCCACAAGAAAAUCCAUCUCUCUCUCUCUCCCUCUCCCCCUUCUUCUCUCUCUCUCUCUCUCUGUGUGUGUGUGUGUGUGUGUGCGCGUAUGUGUCUGUUAUUUAGGAAUGACAAUGAGCAUCUUAAAUCUUGCAAUAACCCGCAAAGUUGGACCCAUGCAGUUCCCUUGUCCACCAGGAGAGGGCGCCAAAUGAAUAGGUUUUGACAUGUUUCCUCCUUUGGCGUUCAAGGAAGGAAUCCUUGCUUAGAGGUUGGUUGUCUAUGUGGAAGAUGCCCUAGAGCCUAAAUUGGUUGUGACUUCUACUGGUAGAAUUUUUGGAUGCUCCCCUUGUGAAACCCUCUUAUAUUUCCACUUGCUAACCAGAUCUUUUUCUGGUGGUUUCCAAAACAAGCAGCUUGCUUUUCUUUAGCAGCCUGUUCUUUGCCAGUAGUAGCUUCUGUUUAUAGUUUUGUUCCAAUCCCGUUUGAAAACCGAAAGGUUUGGAGUUCAGAUAUGCAUCUGGAAGAGGCUCAGCACAUCAGCAUUCCGCACGGUUGGCUUUUGCUGUUCCUAAUCCUGCAGAAAAAGCCUAAACCGCCACAUCUGGAGAGAGACCUCUGCUAAAUACUUCUAGCUCAGCUUUGGGGAAGACGUCCAAUUCUCCCAGCAAGCUUGCAUCAGUUUAACACCCAGCGGAAACAACACAUCGAGGGAUGCACCAACAACUGAGGAUUGCAAAGGUGUUUCACGGUGGGCAAAACGGCAUCCAAACUCAGCUCCCACUUGUAGAUAAUUGGAAGCACGGAGUAGGAAUUAAAGACGGCUUUGUGUGGAUUUCUCCCGGGUUCCUGCAAGCCACAGCAGUCCAGGAUGUGGCCUCUAUUCUGUGAAGGCUGCAGGAGUCCCCUUCCUCUGAUGCAUGUUGUCCCGUCUCCUUUUAUAGCUUAAUCUUUUCGGGUCUCUCGUAAAUUGUGCUCGUGUGAAUUCGUUUUUUUCUUCUCCAUUCCAUUGUUAAAUCUUGAAGAUUUUUCUCUUUAAGGUGGGGGAUGGCUGGAGAGCAGCACUGAACCGAAUGUGAGCAAGGAGAUUAGUCUACGAUUGGAGGAAUGCAAAGACUUAAAUCCAGAUGUUUGCUUGCAUUUCUGAGGUCUGCUUUAAAGGCUCCGGGAGGUAAUUGCCGUGAAGGGUUUAAGCGACUUCUUGGAAUGAAGAGGAAGAUGGGUCUGCAACAGAUCCUGGGUUUUUUUGUGCUAAAUAGGUAAUUUUAGGACCAUCUUUCUCUUGUUUACCCUUUUAAAAAGCAAAAACCCAGAAUUGCAUAUUGUAUGAUUGUAAACCUGAGGUUUUUUUUUGUUUUUUUGUUUUUUGAUUGUAUGAUUGUAUGAUUGUAAACCUGAGUGUCCCAGCACGGCAUUUCUAUCUUGUGAGUUUCACUGAAGUUUUUAAACUGCUGUAUUUGGUUGUGUAAUAUAUACAUAUAUAUAUAUAUAAAACGUUCUGAUGUACAUUGGGUGCAAUUGUGUGUGCCCUGUAUCAAGAGUGCGACUUCAUGUCCUACGUGGAAUAUUGUUGUUUUUAACUUAUGUACUGAAAACAUUUCAAGUUCUGGUUACGACAGGAUCAGGGAAAAUAAAAUAAAGCUUCAAUAAAUAAAUGAAACUACAUCUUCA